AUGGUGAAUGCCUGGUGUUACGUAACUAACAAAUUAAAAGAGGAUAAGAUGAACAGUGGUGAGUAUUGUCUCUUUCUAUAUUUCUGGAUAGGGAAUAUAUUAGUAAACAGAUUAAGCACCGUGUCGUUCUCCGAACCUAUGCAUACGAUCUAUACAGAAUUGGGGAAACACGUUAAAGGGAAUGAUUGUACAGUAGUAUACAAUGAUAAUAACCAAACCACUUUCAAUCAAAGAAAAACAGCAUAUGAGUACUUAACAGACUACGGAACAAUACAGCAAAAAUUAAGUGGAAGUCACCAGCUCUGUAAUAAGGACUGCAGCAAAUACCUAGAAGACAGUUACGCAGCCUAUGAUAAAGAGUAUGAUGGGUGCACAGGACAGGAUCGUAUUCCAUAUUGUCGGGAAUUUGUAGGAAAGGAUGGAAAACAUCAAGGUACAAAAUUAACAAAAUUAACAUGCCAAGUAGUGAAUGAAACACAAAUUCAAGCAAAUAUGGGAGGUGGCGGUAGCUCCAUCCCUACCGCUAUUAUCUCUUCUACCCUGGCCACUACAGUGGGGUUACCUGCUGCCGUCGCUUUCUUCCUUUACAAAUAUCAUCUUAUACCUUUUGGAAUAAAGAACACCCUCUUCGGUGGGAAUAACAACAGAAACAAUAAUAGAAGCAGAAACAGAAGAAGGGAAAGAAGAUCAGUUGAUCAUCAUUUUGAUGUAUCCACAGAGAACAGUUCAACAUUCGAUUCAACGGACAUUUCCACAAUAGGAGACUGGUCAACAACAUCAUCAUCUACCAUCAACAGAACGAACAGAGGAAGAGCAAAUAAUAAUAAAAGACAACGACGAAAAGCGAAUAUUAGUUACCAAAACAUGUAA